UCAUCUUCUAAGGGACAUACAGGAAAUGAAAAAGGCCCCAAUUCGAUACAAGCAGAAAUGUACAGCUCUGAUAACAACACUAGUGAUAUUGUUCACUUUCAAAUGGAGGACUAAUGUUGACUCUCGGAAUCCAUGGAGGCCCAUGAAGAAAAGCCAAUCAUCUACACUAUGGAAAACAAGCCGAUUGUGACAUGUGCUGGCGACCAGAGCCUGUUCACUUCUCUCUACACCUCUCUGGCACAGCAGUUACCCAGAGAGUCCAUGGAGUGGAGGAGGUCCUACGGACGCGCACCAAAGAUGAUUCACCUCGAGGCCAACUUUGUUCAGUUCAAAGAGGAGCUACUUCCUAAGGAUGGAAACAGAGCCCUGCUCACCUUUCCCUUCCUGCACAUAUACUGGACAGACUGUUGUGACACUGAGAUGUACAAGGCGUCGGUGAAGGAUGACAUGCUGCGGUGGCAGAGCACCCUGCGGCUGCACGGCUCGGUGGACUGGCUCAUCGUGGUGGUGGAGAGCGAAGCCAAGAAGAAGAACAAGACCAACAUCCUGCCGCGCACCUCCAUCGUGGACAAGAUCCGCAACGACUUCUGCAACAAGCAGAGCGACAGGUGUGUGGUUCUGUCGGACCCUCUGAAGGAGUCGUCUCGGUCCCAGGAUUCGUGGAGCUCCUUCCUGACCAAGCUGCGCACCUUGCUACUCAUGUCCUUCACCAAGAACCUGGGCCGUUUCGAGGAUGACAUGCGCACUCUCCGCGAGAAACGCACUGAGCCCGGCUGGAGCUUCUGCGACUACUUCAUGGUGCAGGAGGAGUUGGCCUUUGUGUUUGAGAUGCUGCAGCAGUUUGAGGAUGCCCUGGUCCAGUACGAUGAGCUGGACGCUCUCUUCACUCAGUAUGUCCUCAACUUUGGGGCUGGAGACGGGGCCAACUGGCUGGGCUCGUUCUGUGCCCCGGUGAAGCGCUGGAGCGGGCUGCUCCUGCGGCGGCCCAUCGACAUGGAGAAGCGCGAGUUGAUCCAGCGUGGCGAAGCCAGCCUGCUGGACCUGCGCAGCUACUUGUUCUCCCGCCAGUGUACCCUGCUCAUCUUCCUCCAGAGGCCCUGGGAGGUCACCCAACGAGCCCUGGAGCUGCUGCACAAUUGCGUCCAGGAGCUGCGCCUGCUCGAGGUGUAUGUGGUCCAGGGGGCGUUGGACUGCUGGGUGUUCCUCAGCUGUCUGGAAGUGCUCCACAGGAUCGAGGGCUGCUGCGACCGCGCCCAGCUAGAGGCCAACUGCUCCCACACUGUCGGCUUGUGGACCUACGCCACGGAGAAGCUAAAGUCUCUGGGCUACCUGUGUGGCCUCGUGGCCGAGAAGGUCCCCACCUCCGAGGACCUAAACCGCACCGUGGACCUUUUGGCUGGCCUGGGGGAAGAGAGACCAGAGACUGUCAACAGCCUGCAGAGCCCUUACAAAAAACUCAAUGAGGCCUUAUCGUCUGUGGAGGCAUUUGAAAAACACUAUCUGGAGCUGUCUCAUGCUGCUAUGGAGAUGUACAGAGCCAUAGGCAGGAUGCGCUCAGCCCGGCUCAUUGGGAAGAGUCUAGCUGAGUUUUACAUGAAGAAAGGUGACCCGGAGCGAGCAGAGGGCUUCCUUGAUGACUCUCUGAGGUCAUACGUGGCAGAGGGGUGGAGCCUGCAGGUGACUCAUACCAGGAAGCAGAUGGCCGAGUGUCAGAAGCUCCUGCAGCAGACUGAAGACUACCUGCAGACCAGUGCCUUGCUGGCGGGUGACGCCAACCUGACAGAAGAGGAGAGGAAGCACUUCUGCCAGGAGAUCCUUACCUUCGCCAGCCAGCCCCCGGCACCCUCAGACCAGACUGUGGCUCUGAGCAUGGCGGCGUUCGCCCAGCUGCGCCAGAUGCAGUUCAGCCCGCCUGGCGCCGUGGUGCACGUGGGUGCCGCCCUGCAGCUGGAGCUGCGCGUGCGCUGCCUGAUGCCUGUGGCCAUGCAGGUGGAGCAGCUGGCUGCCACUCUCCACUUCAGCCUGGAGCAGGGCGGGGCGAGGGGCCGUGCGGGUAGCGCCCAGAGGAGGGCGGGCCAUGGACCACAAGGCCAGGGGGACGGGGUGGUCCUGUUCCCCCAGGGAAGCCCCCUAGCUGGGGCCGGGAUGGGCGCUUCGCUACCCCCCGCCCUGGAGCUUUACGAAAUGCAGGACCGCAGCCCGUCGGACAGCUCGCUCACCUCCACGGGGGUGGUGUGUAAGAACAUGCACCUGCUGCUGCGGCGCCACGACAGCUCCGCCUCCCUAGACACGCCCACCGCCGGGGCCCUCCCGGCAGCAGUCGCCGUGGACGACGGGGCCCAGAUGUUGAGGGCACGCGACAUAACGCUGCAGCCCGGCGACAACAGCAUCUUGUUCACGGCCCCGACUGGAGAGCCGGGCUCGUACACGUUACGUCAGCUGUGCGGGAGCGUGGGGAGAGUCCAGUUUGUCCAGUCUCACAUCUACCCUGUGGUACAGUACGAGGUCUACUCCCAGGAGCCUCAGCUCACCAUCGAGCCCCUCUCAGACAACCUGUUGGCAGGCAUUCCCCAGAAGGUGACGUUCACCAUAGCAACAGGCCACUACAGUGUGAAGAAGGGUGACGCGUUGCAGCUUAGCAAUACAGACUCCAUGCCCAUCCUCCACUCUAGCUGCUGCUCUGCUACCGUCCUGUCCAGCACGGGAGAGUGCAUGGGGGAGAGUGCUCUUUCCAUCCAGUCAUCGGAGAAGGUGACCAGCAUCUCCCUGCCCCCCACCCCUCCCUACCACACCCUGGAGUUCCAGCUGGAGGUGCUGUGCCACAUCCCCCCCACGCCCUUCAAGCCCGACAUUGAGCGUCUCACCAACGGCGAGGUCCGCCACCGGCCCAAGAGCCACAGCCACGCAGACAGUGGCAUGAUCAACAUCGACCAAAAGGUCUCCAUCGACUGUCCUUGGUCCAUCUACUCCACUCUCAUAGCCCUCACCUUCUAUGUCCCUUUCAAAGCCAAGCACUCAAUACUCUCUGCUGGGAAAAGGAAGUACAUACAGGUGUGUCUCCAGAACGUGUCCGACACAAACUUCCACCUGGCGGACCCAGUCCUCACAGAGCGCCAGCCCACAGUCUCGAUGGAGCUGCUCUCACUCAAUGUUAAAACGCAACAGCCGGUGUGCAGUCAGCAGUCAGUGUUCUGCCUGUGGGAGAUGUGUUGGGCCAAACCCCUCCCGCUGUGCCUGCAGUGUGCAUUCUCCGCCAGCUUCGCGCCCGUCUCCGCCUCGGACACACACACAGCCUUCAAACCCUACCGCUACGAGUUCCAGCUGGACCGGGUCUCUACCCUUUACAGCUUGAAGGCCGAGAUCUUGCCGCCAUCCGGGGACCAGCACUGUCGUACCGGCGCCCUCUGUGGCCUCGAGGUGUCCAUCACACGGCAGGCGGAGCCCAGCGAGACUGAAGGGGAGGAGGAGGAGUCUACGGAAAUAGAGGGCCUGAGGACCACCAAGCUCAUGUAUGAAGUGGUGGACAACAGCAGUAACUGGGCGGUGUGUGGCAAGAGCUCGGGGGUGGUGUCCAUGCCCGUGGCUGCCAGCGCCACACACAGGGUUCAGAUGGAGGUCAUGCCCCUGUUCGCCGGUCACCUGCCCUUCCCCAACAUCAAAGUGUUCAAGUACCUGCCCCACAAUGCCGUUCCAGCCAUUCAGCCCGACACGGACAGCUGCUUAGAGAACGACACCAUAUCCCUGCUGGACAAAGGGCUGGACGACCAGGGCGACACGGCCAGCAUCCGCAGCCGGGGCAGCGUCCACUCGGUGGGCAGCGGGGAGCAGCAGAGGGGUCUGCCCAUGCCCCGCCUGGAGCCCUUCAGUCCGGGACAGGUGUUCUAUUGGAGCCAGGGGCGGCAGGUGCUGGUGCUGCCCGUUACUGAUGACCAUGUGAUGGAGGUUAACGUCACAUGACCCCUGUGGGCCGCUGCUGCACCUCCCCCUAUGCCCCCACCACGCCUGGACCUCUGUGGUUUGGUUCCUGGCUGUGGUUCUGGAAGAGGGCCUGGCGGCAGGGAACUGACACUGGCACUCCUCUCAGGACUCAUUGCUGGCCGGCCACUGGCCCUGCUCCUGUUUUGGCCUGAGUUCCAUCUGCUGUAUUUUUAUCUGGUCAAUCUUUUUCAUACUGUAAAACUAUCUCUCUCAUUGAUUCUUGCUCCGUGGACACAGCAAACCGCUUAAUUGUUCUGCGUAGACCCCCUCCCCCCACACACACACACACACACACCUGUGAUCGGCUUGCUGGUUCCACUGAUCGUCAACACAACCUUCUGUAUGAGGCACACAUGGACACACUAAUGGGCGUUUGGACAGGGGUGCUUCGUUUUUGUGGUUUGUAUUGGUUGGUGUGUCUCUGUCUAUGCAUGACAUGGCAAGUUGUGAUGGAUGAAGGGAAAGAGCGGGGCCGGUUAAUUGUGUGUGUGCAAUAUCUACUCCACUUUUCCUCUUCACUCACUUUCCAGCCCCUUGCCCCCAAACCCUGCUGAAUCCUCUUUCCUUUGCUGUAGUCAUAGCGCCACCCUCUGGCCACAGUACAAACUGUUCAAUAAGUACACAUUCUUCCAGAGGAAUCACUGUACUGACUGUGCAAAGGCUGCACCAAAAACCCAUUGUCUCGAAGGAAUAUGUUGGAGAAAAAUAUAAGUUUUGUUUUUGUGCCGGUGUGAGACAUACUAAUGAACACUUGCUUUUGGCUUUGUUCAGGUUUUAGGGUUCACUUAUUCACGUAUCGGUGGAAUCUGAGAACAAUGGGAUGAAAUAGCACUUGGUUGUUUUCAGUGACUUCUUUUUGGCUGAAAGUGACCCGUCUGUUUGAAGUGUUACCAUCAAGUGUUCUGUCUGACUUUGUGGUUUACUUGAAUGCUUGAGGUGGUAAAUUCCUAUGUUUAGUAAAUGUGGUGUCUGACAAUUGUUCUUUUUUUUUUCUCCUCUUCUCUCAGACAUUCGCUGUUGCCACGGUAACUGUCAGGAAGAGCACUUUCGUAUCGUAGCACAAUUCUUUCACAAAAACAAUUUAGAAGGAAGGGAAAUUCGCUUGUGUAAAUGCGAUGUUCAUUCGUUUUAUUGACCUCUAUUUUUGUACUGUGUCGCCGGACAAGUUUUGGUUGUUGCUCAGUGUCUGUCAGUGUGGUUGGUUGGUAUCUACUGGAGGCCUAUGGUGGCUUUGGGCCUGAGGCCUAAGCACACCCUGUAGCACACCCCUUCAGCUAUACUGUCCUGUAUUCCUCCACCUCUGGGCUGUAUCUAGCAUAAUCCCACAAACAAAGUAGUGCUCACCGCCAGGACGAAAGGCAGAAGACUGGUUCCCUCUAUCUGGCCAUCUUGAUGAAAGAGAACCUCUCCCACUCAGACUCCACCUACAAAACUUAGUGGCAAAAAAAAAAAAAAAAAAGUGUGAACCCUUUGGAAUUACCUGGAUUUCUGUUUAAAUUAGUAAAAAAAAUUGAUCUGAUCUUCAUCUAAGUCAGGACAAUAGACAAACCCAGUCUGCUUAAACUAAUAACGCACACACACAAUUAUACAUUGUCAUGUCUUUAUUGAACACGGUGUGAACAUUCUCAGUGUAGGGUGGAAAAAGUAUGUGAACCCUUGACUUUUUAAUAACUGGUUGACCCUCCUUUGGCAGCAAUAACCUCAACCAAACGUUUUCUGUAGUUGCGGAACAGACCUGCACAACGGUCAGGAGCAAUUUUGCCCCAUUCCUCUUUACAAUACUGUUUCAGUUCAGCAAUAUUAUUGGGAUGCCUGGUGUGAAUCGCUCUCUUUGAGGUCAUGCCACAGCAUCUCAAUCGGGUUGAGGUCAGGACUCUGACUGGGCCACUCCAGAAGGUGUAUUUUCUUCUGUUGAAGCCAUUCUGUUGUUGAUUUACUUCUGUGUUUUGGGUUGUUGUCCUGUUGCAUCACCCAACUUCUGUUGAGCUUCAAUCGGACAGAUAGCCUUACAUUCUCCUGGAAAAUGUCUUGGGAAUUCAUUUUUCCGUCGACGAUAACAAGCUAUCCAGGCCCUGAGGCAGCAAAGCAGCCCAAACCAUGACGCUCCCUCCACCAUACUUUACAGUUGGGAUGAGGUUUUGAUGUUGGGGUGCUGUCUUUUUUUAUUCUCCACACAUAGUGUUGUGUGUUCCUUCCAAACAACUCAACUUUAAUCUAUCGACAGAAUAUUUUGCCAGUUGCGCUGUGGAACAUCCAGAUGCUCUUUUGCGAACUUCAGACGUGUAGCAAUGUUUUUUUUGGACAGCAGUGGCUUCUUCCGUGGUGUCCUCCCAUAAACACCUUUCUUGUUUAAUGUUUUACGUAUCGUAGACUCGUCAACAGAGAUGUUAGAAUCUUCCAGAGAUUUCUGUAAGUCUUUAGCUGACACUAGGAUUCUUCUUAACCUCACUGAGCAUUCUGCGCUGUGCUCUUGCAGUCAUCUUUGCAGGACGGCCACUCCUAGGGAGAGUAGCAACAGUGCUGAACUUUCUCCAUUUAUAGACAAUUUGUCUUACCGUGGACUGCUGAACAUCCAAGGCUUUUAGAGAUACUUGUGGAACCCUUUACAGCAUUAUGCAAGUCAACAAUUCUUCAUCUUAGGUCUUCUGAGAUCUAUUUUGUUCGAGGCAUGGUUCACACAGCAAACUCAAAUUUUGUGAGUUUAUAGGGCAGGCAGCUCAAACCAACAUCUCCAAUCUCGACUCAUUGAUUGGACUCCAGGUUAGCUGACUCCUGACAGCAUUUAGCUUUUGGAGGAGUCAUUAGCCUUGGGGGGGUUCACAUACUUUUUUCAAACCUACACUGUGAAUGUUUCAAUGAUGUAUUCAAUAUAGACAAGAAAUACAAUAAUUUGUGUGUUAUUAGUUUACCCACUCUGUCUAUUGUGACUUGGAUGAAGAUCAGAACAUUUUAUGACCCAAUUCAUGCAGAAGUCCAGGUAAUUCCAAAGACUAUACAUACAUACAUACAUACAUACAUACAUACAUACAUACAUACAUACAUACUUUUUCUUGCCACUGUACAUGCCCGAACCUACGGCAACACGGGUCUGUCUUUGAAACGUCCAUGUGUCCUCUGUGUGAGGUUGUCUAACUGGUCAGAAAAACUAUAAGAUACGAAGACUAGUGACAUCAGUGCUCGUCUAUGUACACAUCUUAUCUUAUGUCCAGCUGUAUUUAUUGUCUUAUUUUUUUUUAAAUAUAUUAUUUAACGGCAAAUAGCUGGAAGGGACAGAAUCAUCAAUCACUCUCACAGAAAUAAAGACAUUGGGAAUUGUCAGACUGAUUUUUGUUUUUUUUGUCUUUCAACAGUCAUUGGUCACUGACAUCAAAAAAAAAAAAAUGUUUGUAAAUGAUUCCAUGGGAGUUCAGCACCAUUGAUUGUAUUCAGAUUAGUUUAAAUAAUUAAUCAUAUGUAUGCAUUAUACAGUUGAAAUUAAAUAUACCUAUGUUUUAA